AUGAGGGUAGCCAGAGCACAACACACUAUCUUGUUCAUGGACACUCAGGUCUCCCUGUUCCAGGACCUGUCAACUCUCACCCUGGAUGCACGGCGAGCUCUUAGACCACUCACCCGUUUACUACAAGAAAAGAGGGUGCUAUACAAAUGGGGCUUCCCGUUAAGCUUGCAGAUCAAAGUGGAUAACUACUGGCAGAUAAUACGCUGGCCUAUCAACAUCCCCUGCUUUCCGUGGGCAGCAGGCCUACCGAAUGUGGCGAUCCCAAACUGGAUCUUUGACAACCCUCCAGCCCGCACCAUUGUACCCACAGAUGCAGCACAUAACAUCACGGGCGAACCUGCAACAGGGCCACAGCAACGCCAGGGAGGUCUGAACGACCCAGAAGACUAG